AUGCCCCGAGGCCCUCGUCGUGCACCUCCUUCUGCUCUCCGUCUCGUACAGGGACCUCUCCCAUCACGCGCUACUCCAAAACAUACACUCCCUUCCUUUCCUUGCCCCGCUUUCCAACCAGAGGCUAUCCUCCCUCAUGGGCCUAUGCCCCAAUCUCGCAUGCGCUGUACAGAUCCAAUGCGGCCCACAUUCCCUGACUUGCCACCACUGGAUUUAGAGAUUGCAAAUAUGUACAGAUCCUCAUCGUCUACUCCAACAUCAUCGUCACCGACAUCGGGGCACCGCAUUCGUGGCCCUUGGAAUCAUUCAAGCAGCAUUAGCGUGCAAGUGGACAUCGAUAGUCUAAUCGCAUUGCCAAAGCCUGCAGCAUUAUGUCUAUAG